CAAAAAGAGAAGAAAAAAAAAUUCGAAUUCGAUUUAAUUUCUUACCAAGAGAAAAAAGAAAAACCAAUGAGUCAUAAUGACAUUUGUUCUUCUCUUAGUUGGAUAAUUUAGUCUACAGACUAAAAUUUGUCAUUUUUUCUUUUAAUUGUCCAGGAUGGAAAUUCCAUCGAAAGGAAUCAAAAUCAAAUAUUCAGUGGAUAUUGAUGACACUUUCGAUUCAUCUAUUGAACCGAUUCACCUUGAAACUACUACUUGGUUUACUAAGCCAACUCGUCGUUCCCUAAAUUACUGUAAUUGGUUACAGUUUGUUAAUCGAUCUUCAUGGGAAGCAAGUGCAACUGAUCAUGAGAUCCCGAUGAUGGAUUUACCUGUGGAUAAGAUUUUCGUCGAUUUCACCUACAGCGAAAGAUGUUCAAGUUUAUAUUCCUGUUCCUUUCACCUUAAAUCAACUCAAGCUUAUCAAAAAGAGAUUGGACUUUUUGAUAUUGCUUAUAAUUUCAUGGUCGGUGACGAUGCUAAGGUUUACAUUGGACGAGAUUUUAAUCAUGCUCGAGCCUUUGACGAUGAUUAUAACAACAAUUCAUUACUGAUUGGGAUUAUCGGUGAUUAUGAUGAUCCAUACGGAGCUUUGCCGCGAUCGUUGGACAUAAUUUAUAAAUUAAUCCGAUGUGGUCAAGAAAAGGGAUAUAUCACUGAAAAUAUAACCAUUUAUGAACCAGUGGCUGAUUAUUGUCAAAAAGGACCAGGGAAAAGGUUUUAUAAUUAUAUUUCACUUGAUCGAAAAAGAAAAGUUGAUUAUAAAUGUUUGAAUAACGAUCAACGUAGAUUUGGACCAGAGAUUUUGAGAAAUGGAUUGAAAAUAUUUUCUUCUAAUUCAAUUGACAAUAAUCUUGUUUGAUUAAAUAUAUUUGUUGAUUAUUAAACCACAAUUUAGACAAUUGUGGUUAAUUUACUACUCAUCAUGUCUUUUUACGAGGUUCGCGGGAUCGUGUUGAGUUGACCAUUCGUUGACUUUUAUUAGGUGAGUACAUUGCUUUCAGUUCCAGAAAAGUUUUCGCCAUCUCCCCAAGUAUAACUUCAGGUCCAAUCAAAGGUUCCAACCUGAUGAAUAAAAAAUCCAAAAAAUCAUGACCACUGGUCACUAGAAAUAAGGAUAAAAUUUACUCACCAGGAUUGAUAAGCAUCACAACAAGACCUAUUGGUCUUACAACAUGUUCGAGCUGCAUAAGGAAUAGAACCACAAAUAAGACUAAAGCAAAGAAACAUUGGAGUCGAUGAAUGGACUGGAAUCGACGAAAACAACAAAAACAUUAAUAGAAACCCUCUGAAUAUCAUUGUAGGUUUACUAGUGAUCAAUGAGCAGCGUCUUAUUAACAAAAGAAACCAACAAUCUAACAUCAUCCAUCCCCAUUAACGCCACGAUAAAGCAGCCAUAGGAUCCCUCAUGUGAUGGAAAAGUAAAAUUAGUUCUCAAUGCUGAUUAGAAUUGCGAAAUGAGUUCAUCGGAUCCAAUAACUAGGACAAAAGAAAAAUAGAUUCGAUGAAAAAGUCAAAUUAGAAAUGAUUAGAUUAAUUUAUGGAUAAUAUUGAACUGUGGGUUAUGAUUGAACAGUUGGUGUUUACCUUUACCUGGAAAUUUUAAUGUUAAUCAACAUUUUGAUUAUUUGCUGUUUUCCUUUGAGGAUACAAACCAAGUGUCAACUGAAAAUUAAGUAAUCUCAUAAAAAAGAAAUAAAUAAAUGUGAUAAAAAAGAUACAAGGUUAAACAA